AUGUCCAUCAAUGUGUUAAUGAAGUACCUUUGGUCUAUAGAACUUGGUUGGGAUGACAACAUACCACAAGAAGCAGCAGAGGCUUGGACACGUUAUCACCAGGAGUUGCCAGAGUUGUCGUCGAUCCGAGUUCCCCGCCGAGUGACCAGUAACAACGGGAAAUAUGAGUUGCACGGUUUUUCCGAUAGUUCCGAAGCAGCAUAUGCCGCGGUGAUAUACCUACGUGUCGUGGCGCCCAACAGUUCAGCAAAAUGUUUUAUGUUAAUGGGUAAAUCGAAAGUCGCCCCAUCAAAACGGAUCACGAUUCCAAGAUUGGAGCUCUGCGGCGCAUGGUUAUUAGCCCGAUUAUUACAUUUUGUGCGCAAAAACCUAACUAGAAUCAAUAUCGAAAGGGUGAUAGCUUGGUCUGAUUCUACGGUGGCCCUGGCAUGGAUACAGGCGCAAACAGCGCAAUUGAAGACAUUCGUAGCGAAUAGAGUAGCACAAAUACAGCAAACAACGACACCAGACAUGUGGAGACAUGUGCCAACGAAGGAGAACCCGGCUGACUGUGCAUCGAGGGGACUGUCGCCGAAAGAACUCGCCAAUCACGUUCAAUGGUGGAUGGGACCGACUUUUCUCAGAAUGUCAGAAGAAUAUUGGCCAUCCGCAGAAGCAAGGAUGUCGACAGAUGAAUCGCGCGAGGAGCAACUUGAGACGAAGGUAAUCACGCUGAUUACGACCGAAACCUUGACUGAAUGUCCAUUACUGUACCAAUCGGACAGUUGGACAAAAAUGACGCGCUUGACUUGCUAUUGGCUGCGAGUACGUAAGCGUCUCCGCAACCAAGAAAUUCCGGACCGUCAGACACCACCCAAUUACGCUGAGAUAGAUGAAGCUAUACGGGCAUUGGUGCAGUGGACACAACGAGUGUAUUUUUCCGAUGAUCUCAACAAUUUGAAGCAGAACCGAUCAUGUUCCUCUAAACUGCGAAAGCUGGCCCCAUUUCUAGAUGGCGCGAAUGUGAUAAGAGUGGGUGGACGUUUACAGCGUGCAGAUUUACCUUUUGAAGCAAAAUGUCCAAUUCUACUACCUAAAGAAGCACGGAUGACUAGGCUGUUGAUCGACCAGGUACAUAGAAGCAAUGGACACCCAGGUGCACAAACCGUACAGAACAUUAUACGGCAACAAUAUUGGAUAUUGUCGGCAAGAAGUGUUAUCCGAAGACAACUCCACCGUUGUAUACCAUGUUUCAGAGCACUACCUCGCGCUCCUCAGCCGCUCAUGGGAGAUCUGCCACAACAGCGCCUUGAACAAAUCAAACCAUUCGGCAAAGUGGUGUUGAUUUUGCGGGACCAUUCGACGUAA